CCCCCCAAACCUCGGCGGAACCUCCCUCUUUCUAUCUCUCCUUCUUGAACCCUAGACUAGAAAGAAGCUCUGAAGAUUCCAUUCCCCUUCACUGCACGGGCAAGAAACCCUCGCGUCCGAUCGGCGAUGUUCUCUCCGGCGGCGAGGAAACCCCACCUCGCCUCUCAGAAGGACCGGAAUCUUGGGCACGCUGUCCUCGAUUCCCCCGCGACGCCUCUUCCAGAGAGCAGCCGGUCGGUCUUCGGCGCUUCCAUCCCCAACCGGCCGAUCACCGGCACACCGGCUCCGUGGUCUUCUCGCCUGUCCGUUCUCGCCAGGAUUCCAACUGAGAAGAAAACUGAGAAGGGGGUUGAUGCAAAUCAAACCCAACCUGUAUAUGUUGGAGAGUUUCCCCAAGUUGUUCGCAGUGCUCAAGCAAAUCUUCUGCAAAAGAGUGUUGCUAAUAACACGGUGCUUGCUGGUGGUAUGGAUGAGGGAACAUCCCUUGCUUGGAUAAUAUGUGGAAGGCAGAUUUUUAUUUGGAGCUACUUAUCAGCUGCAGUUUCAAAAAAUUGUGUUGCACUUGAAAUCCCAUCUUCUGCAUUUGGGGACAAAGAUGACAUGAAGUUCAUGCAUGGUAAUCACUGGAUGGUCUGUGUUGUCGGAUGGGAUAUUGCAUCAUCAAGCAGUGAAACAAUGUUAGGGCAAUGCAGCUCUGCUGGCAUAGUCGUUUGUAACCAAAUGACUAAAGCUAUUGUAUAUUGGCCGGAUGUCUUCUCAGACAGUGAAAACAUUCCAAUUGCUAGCUUACCAAUGCCAGAAUCUGGAGAAAGUGAUUUGACUAGUGAUGGAAGGAAAGCUGCCAACCGGAACCAUGGAAGCAAUUGUGUUGGAAGUGAUAACUUGUCUGAACAUGAUAGAGUUAAUUCAAUUAUCGUGACUGCAAUUCCUGGUAAUUAUCAUGAAUGUAUUGCAAUAGCGUGUCAAUCAAAUGGUGACUUGUGGUUGUUUCGUUUGACAUCGGCCAGAAUAUGUCAGAGAAGAAUUUCUCAUGAUGCAGUAGGAAUUAGUUCUGGUCAUUCUCAGAUGAAUAAAAGGCAUGCAAGGUCAUUAAUCUGGCGUUCUUUGCAUGCUUGCCCCAAGGAAUCUGGUCGGCAGUUUUUUUUGUUGACAGAUUGUGAGAUUCAGUGUUGGAAUAUUAUGCUUGCACCUGAUAUUAAUAUCACAAAACUUUGGAUUCAUGAAAUCGUAGCUGAUGAUGGUGAUUUAGGUAUCAAGAAAGAUCUAGCUGGCCAGAAGCACAUCUGGCUUUUGGAUGUGCAGGUGGAUCGCCGUGGGAAAGAAUUUACUGUUCUUGUAGCUACCUUGUGUAAAGAUCGGGUAAGCAGUUCAAGCUACAUGCAGUAUUCUCUUCUAACAAUGCAAUAUAAGUUUGGUCAAAAUUUCUCUUUGGAAAAUAGUGGAUCAACGAAUGAAAGGGUUCUAGAGAAAAAAGCUCCUCUUCAGGUAAUAAUUCCAAAGGCAAGAGUGGAAGAUGAAGAAUUCUUGUUUUCUAUGCGGCUACGAGUUGGUGGCAAGCCAUCUGGCUCAGCAAUUAUACUGUCUGGGGAUGGAACUGCUACUGUAACCAACUAUUGGAGGGGUUCCACUCGACUUUAUCAGUUUGAUUUACCAUGGGAUGCAGGAAAAGUUUUAGAUGCUUCUGUUUUCCCUUCUUCAGAAGACAAUCAGGAAGGAGCUUGGGUUGUUCUUACUGAAAAAGCAGGAGUUUGGGCAAUACCUGAAAAGGCAGUCUUACUUGGUGGGGUUGAACCACCUGAGCGAAGUUUGUCACGUAAGGGGAGCUCAAAUGAAGGCGUUGUGGAAGAAGAAAAAGGAAGCCAGGCUUUUGGUGUCAAUGUUGAUCCUAGGAAGGCUACUUCUGAGGCAUGGAUUGCUGGAGAUAGACAAAGGGCAGUCUUUAUGAGCAUUGCACAACGAACUGCCCAAGAUGAAGAAGCAGAAGCAUUGCUAGGUUGUUUGUUUCAUGAGUUUAUUUUGUCUGGUAAAGUUGAAGGUGCGCUAGAGAAGCUAAGGAAAAAAGGAGCAUUUGAAAAGGAAGGUGAAAUCAAUGUUUUCACCCGCAUGAGCAAAUCUAUUGUUGACACUUUAGCUAAGCACUGGACAACAACCAGAGGAGCUGAAUUUGUGGCUUCAGCUGUUGUGUCUUCUUUACUUUUGGAUAAGCAGCAGAAGCAUCAGAAAUACCUUCAGUUUCUUGCUUUGUCCAAGUGCCAUGAGGAAACUUUCUUCCAGGCAGAGUAAGGAUUUAACAUCCCUUAUUUUUGAUUAUGCUUGCAUUUCUGGCUACCUGUCUUAAAAUAUCUUGCCCUCAUCAUACCAUCUGUUGGACACAAUUUGACAUUGUUCUCAUAAGUAUCUUUGAUCGAGUUCUCACAUAUCUGUUUUUCUGCAAAUAUUUAGGCUGGAAUGCAGGUAUUUAUACAGUUACUCGUUUCUUCAUUUUUCGAGGUGCAUUUGCUUUAUGUAUCUGUUUUCUGCCUGUCAUUCCUGUACUUAGGAAUUGGACUAUUUAUUUGGAAAGUACUUCUAAUAAUUAGAUUGUAAAGAGGUUUCAAUGAUGCUUCAAGCUAGGGCCUAAAGGCUUGUAUAAGAUAAUGUACCCUUGGGCGGAUUGAGUGUGGGCUGGUGGGGGCAGGAGAAACAAGUAUGACGGCCUAGGGGAAGGGAAUAGGGAUGUGGUGCGGCCUAGAAUAUGCAGCAGAAAUCUCUCACUCUAAUUCUCUUAUGUGAUGACUUGGGUUGGCGUUAAUUGGACGUGGUAAUGAAGGGUUUAAGGCCUACGAUUGAGGUCUGAAACCUAAGAAAAAUUGUGAUGGUAGAUAGAUUGAAGCAAUGGUAAUGGAAGUGCUAUGAGUUGAAAGUAAUGAAGAUAUCUAUGGGCUGAAUUUAAGAGUUUCAC